UUUCAGUGGUCGCUGUCAAACCAGCAGUAACAGUCGUCUAAAUGAUCCCAGGCGUCAGGUGUUUGCAUAUGUUGCGUACCUUGAAUUUGAAGGAGUUUCUCUCGCUUCCGUUUCGGAUCUCAUCUUAAUCCCCUGCAGCCACCGGAAGCGCUAGAUAAAGCCGAGGUUGCAAAGUGCGUCACAUCGCGGAGCAGCCGAGAGUAAACGCAGCCUGCGGUCCGGCACAGUCUUCCCUCUUCUGUUUGCACACGAAGCCCGAGCCGACGUCUCCUCUCCAGCAUGGUGAAGAUCGCCUUUAACUCGGCCCUGGCGCAGAAGGCGCUGGGCAAAGAGGUGCCAGCCGCAGCGAUGGAUCCUGAGCUGGCCUCUGCUCCAGCGGGCAACGAGGGCUCCACAGGUCGCUGCCUGCUCACCCUGCUGGGCAUCGCCUUCAUCCUCAGUGGGCUCAUCGUGGGGGGAGCGUGUCUCUAUCGAUACUUCACCCCGAAGAGGCUGUAUCACGGAGCGAUGCAGUUCAGUGAUGUGUCACCCGGAGCUGGAGGAGAGAGCCAGCCAUACUACCUGCCGCGGGUGGAGGAGGAGAUGGAGAUCACUGACAGCAUGGCCGUCAUCAGCGUCCCGCCGCCCCGCUUCAGACCCGGAGACCCUGCUUACAUCCUCCACGACUUCAACAGGAAGCUGACGGCGUACCUGGACCUGACCCUGAGGACCUGCUUCGUGAUUCCUCUGAACACCUCGGUGGUGCUCCCCCCUCAGGACCUCAUCGACCUCUUCUCCCAGCUGAUGUCCGGCUCUUACCGCAGCUACUUGGUGCACGAGGACCUGGUGGUGACGGAGCGCAUCGAUGAUAUCAAGCCUCUGGGCUUCUACAUCCGCCGACUGUGCGAUGGGAAGGAAACAUACAGAAUGCAGCGCCGCUCCAGCCUGCCAGGUGGAGGCAUCCAGAAGCGCUCUGCUGACGAAUGUUUCACCAUCCGCCACUUUGAGAACAAGUUUGUGACGGAGACCACGAUCUGCAAGGCUUGAUGGGAAAGCGUGAGCAUAGGUCAGAGAGCGAGUGAUGGAGAGAGCCAGAGUGACAGACAGUGACAGGUAGAGAGAGAGUAGGAGGGAGUAGGCGAAGGAGGGAACAACUUUUAGCAGAAAGUUACUUUUGUACAAAUCUCCAGUUUUUGCCUCCCCUGCUUUAACCCCAGUGAUAAGUGAAUUUAAGUUAGUGUUAUAAAACCUAACCCCCUCCUCUGCUGUAUUUCCCUGUAUAAGUCUUAGCUCUCUUGCUCAAAUAUUCACUAGUUAGUCUUGUACUGAUAACCAGCGUCAGCCUGCUUACUAAGAAUAUACUAAGUUUCCAUUUGUUAUGUUGGUUUUUGUUCUGUUGCUGUAGCUUCCUGCAGAUUAUUGUUGUUUCUGUGUUACAACAGCCGAUCGCCUCCAGACCAGAGUUGUUAGUCCUUCUACUGAAUAUCCUAACGAUACUGAGAAGUCAUUCAUAUCAGACCUGUGUGUGUGUGUGUGUGUGUUUGUCAGCUUACUGUUCCCACUAGAGCAGCCUUGACAAGAUCUACCAUAUGUUAUAGUGUGAUAUAGCACAAGUCGCCAUGCAGACGUAUGGUACAGUACAGUUACAGUGCACACGUAACGUGGCUGUCAGUGUCCCCUAAUGGAUGGCACAAGCUCAGAGCUCUCAGUCACCAUUUUUGUAGAUAUUUCCCAGAGUGCCCUGCUGCUCCCAGAGCCCUCUGCUGUCCCGCCGCGUGAUGACUUUAUGUAAUUGGUGGUGUCGAACCUGAUGGUGAGCAGUCCAGCACCCUAUAUGACCAGUGUUUGUGUUUGUGUAGAAACCUCAUCUGUGACAAUAAACUUGAAGGAUGGUUGAUGAGUGAAUAAACUAAAGGGAAAUUUCACCGAAUCUGAAAACACUUUCUGUCAGUUUUUGAAUUCUUAUUUAUGAGUCUGUUGUCCCAUGUGACAUGAGAUGACCUUUACUGCGGUAAACGGCCAACUAUAAGUGGCUGCACGUUUUUGCAGAGCACUGCGUGUUUAAAAUUGUCAUAGGAGCAGCACGUUUCAGUCAGUCCGCACAAAACACUUUUUUGAAAACCCUGAAGAACAAGCUUGAAAGUGUGGAAAAAAAUGUCCUUUAGCCAAAUAACUUCUAGUGAUUUUCAGUGGUUUACCACUCGACGCCUGCACAGAAAGACAAUCAGACAGGAAAUGUGCUUGUAAAACUGUGUUUCUGUCUCAGCUUUUUAACAAUACUAGAUUAGAUAAAAAAAAAAAAAACAAUGUUGUCCGCAGCUAUUGAAAUGAACUUCACUUUGUUGCUGAAUAAAGUUGCAUUUCUUUACCUACUGAA